CUAAAUUUCCAUAUACACUUUAUGCAUGCAAAUCACAGUUGUGAUGUUCUAUGCAGGUUAAACUUUGUUUUCAUUCUUUGGAUCUCAAUGACAUUUGCGUGCUCGGGUUACCCAGUUGACCCUUCCAUGAGCAGCAAUCCUUUUUAUCUGACUUGCCAGCUGUAUGGAAAAUCUGAUCACUGCCUCAUCCUGCUGAAUAACUGCUUAGCCAAGGUGGGCAUGAAUGAAGAAUUGGCUUUUUUAAAGCCUUACCUGGAGAUGCCGUUCAAUAAAAGGUCCUUUCGCAAUGGUGUUGGAUCAGGAAUUAAAAAAACUUCCUUUCGAAGAGCAAAGUCAUAA